AUGCUGGCGACGGACAAAUUCCAGCUGGGCUACACCGAGGGGGGGCACUGCCUGGGCGAGCCCAACACCCUGCUCGCCCCCCCCCAGCGCCUCCAGUGGGACAUCCCCCAGGAGNNCCGUGCGCCCUUCGAGGGCUCGUCCCGCCUGGCCAAGGCGCUGGCCGACGACGUGGACUUCUGCUGCUUCCAGUUCUCCGACUUCGGGAAGGGGCUGAUCAAGAAGUGCCGGACCAGCCCCGACGCCUUCAUCCAGCUCUCCCUGCAGCUCGCCCACUUCCGCGACAAGGGCUGCUUCUGCCUCACCUACGAGGCCUCCAUGACGCGGCUCUUCCGCGAGGGCCGGACGGAGACGGUGAGGUCCUGCACCGCCGAGUCCACCGCCUUCGUGCGCAGCAUGGGGGACACGCGGCAGACCCGAGCCGAGCGCCAGCGGCUCUUCAAGCUGGCGGCCGAGAAGCACCAGCACAUGUACCGCCUGGCCAUGACCGGGGCCGGCAUCGACCGGCACCUCUUCUGCCUCUACGUGGUGUCCCGCUACCUGGGGGUGCAGUCCCCCUUCCUGGCCCAG